AUGGAUCAAGGAACAGGUAUCGGAGUAGGUAAACCAAAAAGACCCAAGGGUCGGAACCAAAUCAAGCAGACACACAAAGCAGAUAAAGAACGAAUUGGAGUUGAACAAACUAGCAAUGGAGAGCACGAUUUCACUCAUAUCCAAAAUGGGGAAUUUGGUGAUAACUCGAAACUUACAAGAGAUUGGAGAAAAAUAUGUGGACUUCUAGACGUUGCUGUUGAGGAACAAGAAGGAGAUACAUGCUGGGCUGUAGUAUUAUCCCUACUCCUAGAAGCCUUGGUGAAUAAAGGAAAAUCACCACAGCUACGUUUGAGGUUCGACACCAAGCAAUUCAUUGAGGACUGUAGAGCUAAAGAUAGUGAUAGGAUUGGCCGUAUAAGAACGGGCGCAAAGUAUAUCCGCGCAACGGGGUUACCUAAAAAAGACGUGAGGUCUGGGGCGUCAAAGCACAUGGUGAAGAGGCAUCUUCUUGUUAAAGAAGAUGCUAACGGAGAUUUCAUCAAACAACUAUUGGAGAAAGGGCCGGUGGCAUUGAUUCUCAGUGUGAGCCGAGAAUUCGAGGAUCUUAAAACGAAGUAUGAACAAGAAAGAAUCGGGUAG